CCAUUAAACUAAUUAUCGUAAACUGCCUCCGCCGGAAGUGUAUUCAACUUUACCACUAUAAAAAUUCAAAUAGAUCUUCAGACAGGGAAUGUCGUUGUCGAAGACAUCCAGUUCCAACGCCGCGAGCGUUUUUAUCAGAAAUCUGGACAAAGCCAUUGAUCACAAGGCACUGCAUGAUAUCUUUUCGACGUUCGGGAGCAUCCGGCGAUGCGAGGUGGUUCGUAACAAGGCCGGCAUUUCGAAAGAGUAUGGUUUUGUGCAUUACACCAAUGUCGAAUCAGCUAGCGCCUGCAUCUCGGCGCUCAAUGGCAUCGUGCUAAUUGAGAAACAGAUUAGCGUUGAACGGGUCAUGAGUCGCGAGGAACGCCAACGAACUGCCCUUCUCUGCAAUGUCCAUGUGAAAAAUUUCGGAAAUGAACUUACUAACGACUCACUGAAGACGAUGUUCCAAAAGUACGGAAACAUCACAAGUCACCGAAUUGUGAAAGGAAAAGACGGCAAAAGUCGAGGUCACGGCUUUGUGGUUUUUACUACCCCUGCGUCGGCCGAGAAUGCUAUCCGGGAAUUAAACGGGAAAAGGUUGAAUAGUGGCAAGCUUUUGGAAGUGGGAUUGGCGUUGAAGACAGCCACACCGGGGAUAGGCAUGGACGCCCAGCUCAAUACAGAAUACAACCGGGGCGUCAACUUGUACGUCUCUAAUUUGGACAGGUCCAUCAACGCCGAUAAUCUGCGAGACAAGUUUGCUGCGUUCGGAAUAAUCAGAUCGAUUAAAAUUGUCUUCAACGAAAACCACUCUGACGGGUUCGGGUUUGUCCGGUUUAGUAGCGCCGAGGAAGCCAUCAAAGCCAUUUCCGAGAUGAACGGGCAAAAACUCGAAGGAACGAACAAAACGUUACGUGUCUCGUUGGCGCAGUGUCAGGGGGAUCGCCAAGCAACUUCCCAAUGUCUUCAACGUAUGGCAGACUUAAUAUUGCAGAACUCCAUCGGACGACACUUGCAGUCCGCUGGUCAAGGUGGAUACUAUUUUCUUCCGGUCUCACAACAACCACAACCAUUUUUUGGUGCGUUUCCUAACCAUUUGUUGGCUGGACCGCAUGCGAAUAUCAGCCCAGGGGCUGUGUCAACCCCGACGACAGUCGCCCUGGCGGCAGCUAUCGAUGUCGCCAACAAAAAAAUGCAGAUGAAGAAAGCUUGUUUUAAAAAGUAAACUUACAAGAGUUGCAUUCAGCCUCGAAUCGCCUUAGGGUGGUUUAGGAGUUAUUGAAAUGAAUUUUAAAAGAAGUACAUUCGAAGAAUAAUUAAUGAACUACGCAGCAGUAAUGGACUAAUGUACGCACCUGUUAUGUAUCGAAA